UAUCUACAAGUACGAGUUCAUGUUAGGUAGGAGUAACAAACUCACACCUUGCGAAUCUCUCUCAUUAACACUGCGACGUAGAGAAAAGGUUACAGCGAUACAGAACUUGAAGAACACUGAAAUCGCCAUGGUUGAUAGUGUGUACCGUACACGUUCCUUGGGAAUCGGUGUCUCUGGCAUUCCAGAUCAGUACGCCGAUGGUAAAGCCGCGAAAGUUUGGCAGCACUACAUCGGCGGACACAAGAAACGAACAGAAUCCUACCGAGAAUUCUUCUGUAAUCUCUUGAAUGACAACGGUGUCAAACACAUCCUAGAUGUCGCUUGUGGAACAGGAGUGGACUCCAUUAUGCUGCUGGAAAACAAUUUUAGAGUAACAAGCACAGAUGCCAGUGACAAAAUGUUAAAACAGGCGUGGAAGAUACGGUGGCAACGUCGAAAGGAACAAGCCUUUGACAAGUGGGAAAUUGAGGAAGGCAACUGGCUUUCUUUAAAAGAUGCUAACAUUGAUGUCCCUCCACAAGGGUUUGAUGCAGUCAUUUGUCUUGGAAAUUCGUUUGCUCACUUGCCAGAUUUCCAAGGUGACUUAACCAAUCAGAAGUUGGCAAUUCAGAACUUCAAAGACAUGUUAAAGCCUGGUGGAGUCUUGUUUAUCGAUCACCGCAAUUAUGAUGCUAUUCUUGAUACUGGCAAAGCCCCUCAGCGAAAUUUGUACUACAAUAGUGACUGUAUCGAGAGCAUCAAGACAUCAGUCCUCUAUGUGGAUGGCAGAGAGAGCAUGAUAACAUUGGAUUACACUGUUGACCCUUCAAAGGCUUCAGAUGAUUUCACUGAGGAGGGAGAAGAACCAGCAGCAAAAAAGAGGAAAUCAACUGAGGGAGACAUCAGCAAGUUCCGUCUUUCUUACUGCCCUCUACGCCUGAGAACCUUUACUAAUCUCCUGAAAGGCAUAUUUGGUGAAGCUGCAAGGCAUGAAGUUUUUGGUGACUUUGAACCUCUGGGACAAGUUGAAUGCCCAGCAUAUUAUGUCCACAUGAUUUGGAAACAGACCAGUGAAGAUGUGAAUGGUGUGGAAGAACACUGAGCACUAGGCAUUUUUGUCACAUCAAAGAUAACCAAAUUUAAUAGUAGAUCUGAAUUAAUUGUACACUGUAUUUAGUAAUACUGUCCAUGUCCUCUGUCACUCUCUAUCCAGAGGAAGUGUACAGGCACAUGGAAUGUUUUAAAAUUUUUUCUUGUAAAGUGUACACUGCAGUUAAAUGUAUAGUCAUUGCUUCAGUUGUGAAAUUGAUAAGCAGCAUAUGGAUAUGGCAUGGCAAACAAUAGUGUGUGUAAUUUUAGUUUUUUUCCUAAUCCUUGUGUGAAGUGGCUUAGUAUUAUUACUUAGAUAAUUAUGGUUCAAGUUGCUAGUUCUUUUGGCAGGUGUACACGCCUCACUUGGAUUUGUGUAGCCAGUUAAAACACCUCUGUGAUAUUUGUACAUAGUGGGACACAAAGUGACAUAAUUGAUUUUCUCAAAGUAAAAAGUUUUAACAAGUGGUCAUACUGGCCUUACAUCUACAUCAGCCAUAACUUGGUUGGCACACAAACAUUAAACAAAGUAUAUUACAAGGAAAUCUUAUGUUUAUAUUUUUUGAUUUAAUUAUCCUCAAACUUGCUGUAAUAAAAAUGCUGGAAUGUG